UUUGUUGGUCAAUAAUUUUAUUCAGACCGAGCGAACGAUACCGGCACUCCGACGACGUCCUCUGACAAGUCAAUUAGAAGGUAAACACAGCCUAGGGUGGUUUAUGCGCGCUCGACGUUUAUGACAUAAUUACUCAUUAUUAGGAACGCUACAAGUGUACAUAACAUUGUGGUCCAGUACGGUUUACUCCAUUGAUGGGAGUGGAUAAAUUGCCACGAAAGUCUUAAAUUCUACCGCACCAUGAUUCGUGUUAUUGGAAUAACGACAUUUGUACCAACAGCGGUAUCAUAAUUUGGGCAACCAAAUUGCUGGUCUCUCAACGUUUGGAGUGCUUCAAAAGGGGAAAAGACGAAAACCGAAUUUGAAGAAGGAUGAAGUUACCGGUACCGAAAACAUUGGCAGACGCAUUUUCACCGACGGUUGCGAUUAACUUGUUUUUUGCAAUCGCUGUUAUCCAUUACCCCCAGAACAAACGCCGACCAAUUCUAUCAGCUCUGUGGGCGAUAACCCAUGUAAUAGUUUAUGUGCUUUUCCUGCAAAUGGCAGAUUUGAUGGCGUUGAAGCAGUUCAUGGGUUCCGCAAUCGCGGCCAGCAACUAUCGGUUCAACGGUUACUUUCAGACGAUCUUCAUCUCUGUUUCUAUGUUUCUAUCUCAGUAUAAGGAACAGGUUAUCACGAAAAUCUUGCUCAAGGCAAUCGCCAUCGAUGAGCGAUUGAGGGUGCUGGGUGUACCCAAUGAUUAUGAACUAGUUCUUAAGGCUCAAAUUAUGCGGCAUUCCGUAGCUUUUAGCUACCUUUUCGUUGUAAUAGUCUUGGACUUCUUUUACGUUGGCCUUGACUAUCACAGCGAGACAGCCCGCGUCGGUUUUCUGCUUUUUGCCCAUUAUUUCUUGGUCUUCGAUUAUGUCAUAGAUGCUAGCUACACCAAUAGCGUCAGUUAUUUCCGCAACAGGUUCCAGCGUUUGAAUUCACUUCUCGCAGAAACAAAGUUACAAAGUACAAAGAAAGUCCAGCAAACGCAGAAAUCGAAUUACCAAUAUUCACAAAAGAACUCUUGGAUGUAUAAUGAAAUCCUUGAGAAUGCGUUAUCCAUCAGACCUACAAGCAACCAGUGGCUGCUGUACGUCACCAAAGAAAUAAGAACAAUCCAUCGAGACCUUUGCAAAACGACGAUGGAAUUGAACCAAGUGUACGCUACACAGGUUCUCUUUUCAAUCACGUUAUCUUUUGGUCUGAUAACGGCUCUUCUGUACACGGCCUACGACCUCGCAGCUGACGAUCUGUCCCCAUCGCUGUUUGACACCGUGAUGACCAAGACUGUUUCUGCCAUGUGGCUUAUAUAUUAUAUUGCGAAAGUUGUUUGGCUCAUUAGCACUUGUGCAGCUACAAGUAUCGAGGCUAUGAGAACUGGAGCAUUGAUCCAGGAUCUCGCGGAUUCGACUUCAAUCUACAGUGGAGAUAUUCGCGAUGAGGUCAGUGUCUUCACUCUCCAGUUGAUACAAAAUCCCCUCUACUUCACGGCAGCAGGAUUUUUCACUGUGGAUUACGGCCUGCUUCAAAAGGCUACCAGAAGCGCCUUUCGGAAGCUAAUCACUAUCAACGCUCGGCUCAAGACACUGGGAAUACCUAACGACUAUGCACUGGUGUACAAAGCUCAAAUUACUGAGCUAUUCAUUGGUCUCAGCUUAAUGGUCGUAAUUCAGAUCUUGGAUUAUAUCUACAUUGGUCCUGAUUAUCCUGGAAAAUUCGCACGCAUCAGUUUCUUAACGGCUACACAUUACUGUAUAGUCUUUACUUUCAUACUUGAUAUCACCUACAACACUAGCAUAAGAUAUUUCGGCAACAGGUUCCGACGGCUAAAGACAUUUCUCGCCGAAUUGCAUUUGGAAAAUAGAGGCCAAGACAGUGCACAAUUGAACAGACUUGCCGACAACCAGCGGAUACUGCAUAUCGCCAAAGUAGUCAGAAAAUUACAUGGAGAUCUCUGCACCACAGCGAUGGAACUGAACCAAGUCUUUGGCCUUCAGGUUCUCCUGUCAAUCGCAUUGUCCUUCGGUAUAUUAACAGCACUUCUGUAUACAGGCUACACUUUGGCCGCGGAUUUACCGAAGACUUCGAUACUCGACGACAUGAUGAUCAAGAUGGCAGCUGGAUUAUGGAUUGGGUUUUAUGUUGUGAAAAUUACUAGGAUUGCAGCUGGUUGUGCAGGUACAACCACCGAGGCCAAACAGUCCGGGGAUUUGAUCCAGGACGUUUUGGAAAUGGCGGCAAUAUACAAUAGAGAUAUUCGGGAUGAGAUCAACAUUUUAUCUCUUCAGCUCAUACAAAAUCGCCUUUGCUUCACGGCCAAGGGAUUUUUUACUUUGGAUUAUGCACUGCUUUCUAAGGCACUGAGCUUUGGUGGCUGGUGCCUCGUGAUCCGAAAGCCACGGGACAACGGAGAAACUCUUAACACUGAACGGUACCACUGUGAUAAUGGUCGUUGGCAAUGGCCACUCGUCGAAGCAGCAGCUUAGGAUGGGUCGCGUCUGUCCAUCAUCGACCAUCCGCGGCUCCCCCGCCCUUGGAUCCUCACAAGUAUUUACUUCGUAAUUUUUCACAUUGGACGAUGAUUUGACCGGACUGUACACCCGAUACAUUCUUAGAUGUGAAGGAAGAUGAGAAAAAAAAUUGGAUCAGCAGAUGGAUAAAUUGAUUUGGCAGCGAAGCGACGGUUUCUGUCCGAUGGGUCCGAUUACAAGUGCAGCGCAAGCCAGAUCCCAACCCCCCUCCAUCCCCCAACCGUCACCUAUAUACGCAAUCAG